AUGGCCGAUCACGACCCUGUCUGGAAGCCCAAGGAGCUUCUCGCAUGCCCUUCAUGUUCAAACCUCCUACGCGAGCCGACAAUUUUCCCAUGCGGAACCUCAUUAUGCAAGACUUGCCUACCAGAACCGCUUGAGCGGCCAAGAAACAUCACCUUUCCCGUGCUGGAGAACCGUCAAAAGGUCUACCGCUGCCUGUGCGGGAAAGACCACGCGAUGAUGGACUGCGGGACUGACAUCCUCGCCUCGAGCAUCAUGAGCACCGUUCACGGGGAACUCGAGCGCCAACCCGCCGCCGCCCCAGAAGAGGAAGAGUCCUUCCUCGCCCGGCUGAGCAAAGUCCUCAGACCGGAGUUCGACUGCCCGAUAUGCUUUGAGCUGUUUGAUGAACCUGUCACGACGCCGUGCGGGCAUACGUAUUGUCGUCCGUGUCUGAAGUCGAUAACUACUCUUGGGGAGGAUCUUUACUGUCCUGUUUGUCGUCAGGGUCUCACUUUGGAUGGGACGCCGUUUUUGUCGGAAUACCCGGAGAAUCGCAUUAUUAUGAAAUUGAUACCCGUCCUCUGGCCGGACGAGCUUGAGGCCCGGAAGGAUAUACCCCCUGCACCACCGCCUCGUCAGGACGAGAUACCCAUUUUUGCGCUGGCGACGGCGAUGCCGACGAUGAAGAUGCCGUUCCGGAUUUUUGAGCCGCGGUAUAGGCUUAUGAUGAAGAGGGUGCUGAGGGGGAAUAAGGAGUUUGGCAUGACGAUGGUUGAUCCCUUGACGAGGAAGGAGAGCGAUGUGGGGACUGUUUUGAGGGUGGAGGCUCACCGGUUGCUUGACAAUGGGGAUUAUCUGGUCAAGGUGGUGGGGGUGAGGCGGUUCAGGGUUUUGGAGAGGAGGGUGAGGGACGAGUAUUGGAUGGCGAAUGUUGAGCCGUUUGGGGAUGUGAGCUUUGAGGAGGAGGAGGCGAUGGAGGCGAUGGAGACUGGAAGACAGCCAGGGGAGGAAGAUAAAGCUGAUGGCGUUCCUUUUGAGGUGGAGGGGCGUACCGCCAUCGGCACUGAGGACACCGCUCCCACCCCCACGACAACCAUCACGGACAUGACUGUGGAAUCACUGCAUACCGCCUCCACCCAGGACCUCAUGGCCUUUGCGUUUGGCAGGGCGAUGAAACACCGAAUUGACGACCCUCUCAUGCCUAGCGACCCAUCAAAAUUCACGUGGUGGUUUGCUCACAAGCUUCGGGAUCCACCAAAGAGACAGGACUUUUUGGUCGAAAGGAGCGUGAGAAGACGGUUGAAGAUGUGUUGUGAGAAGUUCAUCGAGCUUGAGAAGACGGCGAUGACUUCUUGGGUAUAUUGGCUACACCGCGCUCUCAGGAGCUUUCCACUGCCCAUUUCAACUGCCUUGCUGAUAAUAUUGUUGUGUCUUUGGGUGUCGUAAGGAGAACGGAUACUAUUGGAUGCACGCUUUGGACUGUUUUGUAAUAUAUUAGAUGCGUUGUACAUAUUUUUUUUCUUGGCUGUAUGGUCACUAAAAGCAAGGUGGUGAGGAAUGGCUGUGGAUAGAUAUAAUCUAGGCUAAAUAUUUGGUUGAGCCUGUUCGGCGUGCUAUCACCCUUCUUUUUCGGCUUGUUUGAAUACCAACAAUUCAGCUCACAUUUUCACCAGACUAGAACGAC